AUGCCGUUUGGAGAGAUUACGAUCCUCAUUCACGACGUGGUGCACAUCCUUGACAUUUCAGUUGAGGGAAAGCCGAUAGUAGUGGAUCUGAGGCAGUUGGAGAAGAUGUCACUAGAGCAUACGAGCACUAUUGGGCGUGGAUCAUGCGGAUUUGGGCCAGGGGGCCCAGGUGGGAGAGGUUGCCAGAGAUUCUCUGUGGUAGAGAGGGCAUGGUUUGUUAGGUGUGGCAGCUUUGGCUCACUUGUAGGAGGUUGGUCCGCCAGCUAG